CUAAUUCAAUAUCUUGCCUUCGAUAUUUCAGCUUACAUCGCACCAGUUCACAUGUCCCUGAAACAUGUGCUACCGUCUCAGCUAAUCUUAUGGUUAGGGUACUUUUCGUGUAAAGAAUAACCCCGCCUCUUCUACGAUUCGAUCUUUCGGCCCUACUGGUUUAGAAACCAGUCAACUGGAUUUCACUAUCUAAUACUUCUGACGUUAACCAAGUUUCCGAGACAGCAAUAACGUCCGGUUUUUCUUUAUCCACCACUGACUUGAGCUCCGCCAUUUCAUUUAGUAGGCUGCGAGCAUUUGUGUAGUACUCCCGAAUUAUUUAAGAUGAAGACUCUUACACCACCCUCAUUUAAGCUAAUACCAUUCUGGCCCGACAAUACUGAAGCCUGGUUCUGCCACUCAGAAGCUGACUACCACAAGCACGGCUUGACCGAUCCACGUGCACAACUCGCAGUAGUGAAGGCACUACCGAUCGACUUUAACAGGCACGUCACACCUAGUAUGUCCACUAGUGAUGUUUCGGAACCUUAUGAAACUCUCAAAAGGUCUACUCCUAAGAGCAGAGAUCUGACCGACCGACAAAGUUUAGACCAACUCUUCCACAACAUCGAUCUACAAUAUGACUCAGCAACAGACAUGUUGUUGCGAAUGAGAGAGGUCAUUAGUCGACAGAUCCUCGACGAUGGCCUGUUUAGACAAAUUUUCUUGUCUAUGCUCCCGCAGAAGGGGCAGGCGGUGCUGGUCUCAUUUCAAAACAACGCUGUAAACGAGCUGGCUGCAUCUGCCGACCGGAUUCUGAGGAUCACCAGGAUUUCUAACGCCGGGGUCUGUUUAGUCAAAGAAAAACCUCAAACAACACGAGAUGACAUUACGGAAUUUCGUCAUACUCUGACACAUUACCUUAGGAUUCGUCAUGACCUAUGGAAAUUCUUCUCGAAAUUGCAGAAACCCCCACAGCUUUGCGAGCUCCAAACCAACCGACAUGAAAAGUGUUUCGAGAAACCUCCCAGCCUGCGCGCGUUAACGGCAACCUUAGCUGGCAAGCAUGGCCGCCUGUUUUACAUCACUGAUAUGACUGCGGAAGUUCUCUACCUCGGCAACACCGGCGCAGAGGUUGGCGUUUUUUCGGCGAAUUCUAACAACCAACUGCUUGAAGCAGUUUUCAAAUUACAGGUGGCAAGUGGGAAACCAGUUGCCAUAUAUGGUAAGCGAUAUGUUUAUCUUAGCGUGGAUUUACGCAAACCCAUCCACUGGAUUUUCCUUGUUGCAGAUGUUUCUGUGUCAAUCAUUGGUAUAAACCUGCUACAUCAUAAUUUAUCUCCACUCACAACAAAACACACGAUCGAUCCAUACUACCAACAAAUACUGACUAAGCACCCUGAGAUAUACCAAGCACAAUCAGAAUUGCCAUGUGUAACCAACAAUGUUGUGCAUCACAUAACGACUACAGGACCACCAGUAUUCUUGAAAGCGUACCAACUAGCUCCAGAAAAGCCGAGGUCGGCCAUAAACGAAUUCGGCCAUACGAUAGACUUAGGAAUCAUUUCGCCAUCAAACAGCCCUUGA